CAGAAUUAACUCUCUCUCUUUUUUCUCUCUCUGUCCGUCUGAAAGAGUCCUUAAAGUGAGUUUAUAAUUCGACACAAACGAGCUCUUCUGUCUCUCUAAUGGCAUGCUUAGAAAUGUACAACUCCAAUGGUGGUGGUAUGAGUCCUAGAAUCUCUUUCUCUAACGAUUUCGUUGAGAUUAGGCCUGAGACGACCAAGACGACGAGAUCAAGCCCUCUCUCUAAACCAGAGGGUUCUUCUUCUUCUUCUUCUGAUAAUUUCGAGUUCUCAGUCUCAAACUACACGAUGAUGCCAGCUGAUGAACUCUUCUCUAAAGGAAAGCUUUUGCCUUUCAAGGAAACCAAUCAAGUCCAGAGAACACUGAGAGAAGAGCUUCUCGUUGAAGAAGACGAAGAUGAAGCAGGUCCACCACGUGAUGCUACCAACAUCUUCUCUCUCAAGCCACCCAUCUUCUCAUCUUCUUCUUCUUCUUCUUCUUCUAAGGGAAGGUGGAAAGGGCUUUUGGGCCUUAAGAGGGCCCAUGUUGGGUCUAAGAACAAUGAAGAACGAUUUGUUCAUAUGAUUAACAAUAACAAACAAUCUCAGGAAGCAAUGGGUGGAAGAGAAGGGUCAAGUUGCAGCAGGGAGAUGAAGAAGAGUAUGUAGAGCUAAUAGAGAUAAAAGAAAAAAGAAAAAAAGUUUUCACUAUGUUUAUUUUAUUUAUUUAGGAACAAUGGUUGCUUCCAGAUUUUUAAUUGUUUCGAUUUAUGUUAAUCUUAGAUCUGAAAAGUCAUUAAAAAAAAAAAAAAAAAA